AGUCACGGAGUAACACAAGGACAAAAGCCUUCACUAUAACCGGAGAAGUACAACGCGAUCUCACUGCUAUAUAACAGGAAACAAUUAAUUUGUCAAUACUUUUCAUGAACUGGUUUUAGACUAGCUAGGCUAUGAUGCCAACGUCUGGGAAUUGCUUUACCCCUGGCCAUCAACCGUUCGGUUAGCCAGCUGUGUGUCUAAUUCUUUGACGCAAACUACACAGCGAACUGUGGACGCUCUUCCUGUUCAAAGCAGUUGCGUCUUCAGUGGAGCACACUGGCAACACAAUCCAAAUGGCACAUCCGUGUCACAAUCGCGUGUUGUAGCUGGGUACAAAGAAAUUUACGUUAGUUACAGAAAGAACCGGAUCUGGGCAUGGGAUAAUUUAAAUAACUAAAGCACUCCGUGCGUGACUUUAACAGUAGCUUUAACAACGGCAUACAUUUAUCCGAAAUGAUCUAGCCUGUCAGCUACUCAAGUAUGUUGAAAAAUCCAGGUAGAGGUCCAUGGCGACCCGUCACAGAAUCGCUUGUCUUUUAUUUUGUGAGUUGGACAUGACUUGUUCCGUGCAGAAAUAUCGCCACAAACUUUAUAAAAGGCGGCAGCGUAAAGUGCUCGCAGAUAUUCAGCCAGCUGGAUGAACAAGCGAAACGCUUCGCUGACCGCCUCGUGGUUGAUGAAACAUUUUUAACCGAGCACUAUUUCAGUUGCUUAUCGGCAGUUACUGGAUACAAUUACUGGGCCCUCAGCUAACGAAAACAUGGAACAGACUGGGGCAUCUGAAGUUGAAAAGGCGAAGCAAUUUUGGAGAAGCGUGGACGUGGACAUUGCUUUUAAACUGUUGUGGGACCACCAGCAGUAUCUGCGACAGAGCAUAAAAACCUGCACAGCAACAGACGAAGAGCUCAUUCAGGGCAUGAAUAUCAUGCUGGCAGCUGAACUGUGUCUCAGUGCAAAGAGUGAAUCUGACUCGAUUGAAGAGGUGUUUAUUAGUGCUGAGAUAUUAGCAGUGCCUGUUACAGAGGGGGACAGUGAGCAGCAGGACCUGCAGGACGGUCUGGGGUGUCAGUGGGGGCUGGACAGUGUGCUGCUGGAGGAAGAGUCACGGUGCGGACAGAUCCAGUCUUCCAGCCCAGAUGACCCCAGGUCGCCACCUCAGCGUGAUGGGGCUGAUCUCCUCGCCCCUCUGUCCCCUCUCCAGUCUGACCUAGGCGGCUCCAUUGCCCCCCUAUCAACCUCCCAUUCUGACGGAGCUGAUCUCCUGGCUCCCCUGUCCCCCCUCCAGUCUGCCGAAGCUGAGCACCUUGGCCCCCUGUCCCCGCUCCAGCCCUCUUUCCAGACCCACUCCUGUAACUGGACCUGCGUACCCGGCCUGCCCCUCUCAGUGGAUCACUUCCGGGGUCACAACCCCCUGCAGGUGCCCAUAAUGUGCCGUUUCCAGCGGCAGCAUGCCAAGCCCGAGGGCCAAAGGGCGGGGCUCGAUCCCAGCGGGCCAGAAGUAUUCUACAAGGCCCCCUGCGGGCGGAGCCUGCGCAGGCCCGCGGAGGUGCUGCGCUACCUUCGCGAGACGGAGAGCGACGGGGUCCUGCACCUGGGCAACUUCAGCUUCACCCCGUCCGUGCUGCUGCAGCACUCGGCCUCGCCACCAGGGGGAGCCGCCGUGGUGGUGCUGGAGCCGGACAUCAGCCGCGGGGCGGAGCACUUGCCCGUGCAGCUCUGCAAUGAGGUGGACGGCACGCGGCCGGAGAAGUUCCGCUACCGCAAGGACAGGUGGCCGCGCGGCUGCUUCGCCGGCUCCGGCCCCAUCUUCUCCGCCUGCUGUGACUGCGCAGACGGCUGCGUGGACAGGAACAAGUGCUCCUGCCUGAAGCUGUCGCUCAGAGCCGGCCUCAGGGCCAAACUCUACGACUCCAGGCGACUGAAUCACCCGGUACCGUCUGGGAUCUAUGAGUGCGGUCCCUGGUGCGGGUGUGACCGCGUGCGGUGCCAGAACCGUGUGGUCCAGCACGGUCUGCAGGUGCGGCUGCAGGUCUUCCGCACACAGGACCGCGGCUGGGGGGUGCGGUGCCGAGACGACCUCGACAGGGGCACCUUCGUCUGCACGUACACAGGUGUGGUCAUGAGGGCGGGGCUAGGCUUGCGUAGGACAGGGGCAGGCUCAGAUGGAGCAUGUUUGGGAACGGUGACCUCUGCCCCCCUCACCCCCAAGCGCAAGCGAGAGGAGCAGUCCUCGGACGACGACGUGGAGGUGGUGGAGGAGUGGAGGGUGCCCGCGGUGGAGACGGGCACGCCCCCUGGUCCCUCGCCCCCGGCCUCACCCUCGUUACACGUCUCGGUGAUUCAGAGCCCUGCGGGGCAGGACAAGGAGCAAGCAGGCGAGGAGUCUGCUGUCACAGAGAGAUCCCCAUGGUCGCUGUCUCUGCAGGGCCAGGCCCACUCAGAUGCAGAGGUCGAUGAGUGGGAGGAGACUGAGGGUGUGGUGAAAGAGGCGGAGCCCUGGCUGAACUCUGACUGGGGGGCGGAGCCAGAAAGGGAAGGCGGAGACAUGGAUGAGUGCCACGGUGAAGCAGAGGGAGAGCACGUGUAUUACCUGGAUGCCACAGAGGAGGGCAAUGUGGGGAGGUUCCUAAAUCACAGCUGCUGCCCCAACCUGUUCGUGCAGAACGUGUUCAUGGACUCCCACAACCGCAACUUUCCGACAGUGGCCUUCUUCACCAGCAGGCCUGUGACGGCAGGGACGGAGCUGACCUGGAACUACUCGUAUGACCCUGGAAGCGCCCCGGAACAGGAAGUGCCGUGUCAGUGCGGCUGGGAGAGCUGCCAGGGUUCUCUGAUAUAAGGACGAGGUCACAUGGAGAGCACAGGAUUUACCCGAGUGCAGCAAACCUGUUAUCCCCCGCCCUCACUGCACUUCUCCCCCAGGGGCUGCUUUGAGUGGGAAAGCCUCGAGAGGCCUAGCCUAGC